AUUAUGGAGGAUCGCCUGAAAAAGAAGAUUUUCAUGUGCUGAAUAUUGUCUGCGAGAUUUUGAGAGGAUAUGGGUGUGGAAUGCAUUCUGUAAAGAAAACGCUAAGCCAGAGCGAGAAAGUUAAGGGGUUGGAGUUCAUGGCCGCCUGGUGUAGGUGCAGGUCGAGGAGCGCACUGUCCUAUCCUCUGAAUCUGGAUUUGGGCAUGGGGGCCAAAAGCUCCGGAGCAUCGCUGCGUUUGCAGCUCAGUGUCUUACCUUGAGGUGUGUGGUUCCCUCAACUGCUGUUUUCGGUAGCGUUACUAGCUGGAAUCAUGGUUUUUUGGCAACCAGUAAUCAUAGCUUUCACAUUCACCACAGCUUGUAAUUUUCUUCUUAACUCUCACACGAACUUGAAUAUGUUUUAGAACAGCUGAGCGACCGAUUACACUUGCAAACAAACAAAUGAUCGAUGCAAGAGUAAUCGAGAAAACUUGUAGGGCCCAUUCAUGCUUACCACGUGUUUGUCUCUUUCUGGUAUUAAUUUCCCGCAGUGCGAACCAGAGGCAUGAACUUCUUGUUUAGGGCAGUGAAAAAGAAGUUCGAACAGAAUUUUUUACUGUAUUGGUAUCUAUCAAAUAAGGCUCACCUUUCGGAGAUACAACAGCAUUAGAUCGCAGAGAAGGUCUGCUAAAAUACAGCUUUCUUGUGUUAGUUUCGUCCUCUUCUCCAUCAGGUCCUUGUGUGUCCGAAGUGUCCCUGCGGAACGACCACCAUACCUUAUUGAAAACUCACUUGAAUCCCAGAGUUGCACUCUAUUGUUGUUAUGUUAAAAUGGUUUCAGGUAUUACAUCGCUCUUUCUAUAUCCAUGUUUGAUUCUUGAGAGGGACCGAUGGGCUACUCAAGUAUUCUUUUCUGGCUCGAAGGGUGUAGAAAAUUACAGCUUGCAGGUUAAGUCUGCACUGUGUGGAGUCAGGUAUUGGUCUUUGCCAACGAGAAUUAUUCUGUAGUACGGGUCGGCACUGUGCUUUGGUCAAGUUUAACAUUCGAAGUUCUUUUGAGGGUUGUGCAGGCAGCUGUGAAUGUUGCAGCAUUAUUUAUUGGUGAACCUAUUUGCUUUUAAGUGAUCCCUUCGACUAUUGUGAAAAAGAAUAUGUAAUGAUCAACUGCUGAAACACAAUUGAAGUAGUUUCGAUUGAAGAUAACAUGUCAAAAGCCAAUGAAGCAGACUAUAGUUUGAGCCUGUAUUGUGCAUGUUGCAUCGCAUUUUUGCUUAGCUUACGCUAGGGGAGGUGAGCCAUUCAUCUUCGCGGCUCAUGCAAGACUUGGAAAUACUGAAGCUGAUGGAGAAUAGUAAAUCUCUAGCACUGAACUUCCCCUUUUGUACGAUUGAGCCAAGUGUUGGUGUGAUGACUUUGGCAGUGUUCUGCAGAUGAAGUUGAGUGGAACCACUCUGCAUCGCGAGACCGUUGGCUGAGGCCCGCUCGCAACAUUGUCAGUGUUUCUUGUUACCUGCUAAAACUUCACAUAAAACUCAAGAUGAGAUCGAUGCGGGCAUAUGGCGAUGAGUUCGUGGUGGUGAGUGUGGGAGAACAACCAGAAGUCGAUCUCACGGAAAUUACCAUUAAUUGUCCAGACAAAGUGGGACUUGGCUGCGACAUUGCCCGUAUCGUUUUCGAGUUCGGCGUGAGCAUCACAAGAGGAGAUUUGGUUACCGAUGGCCGGUGGUGCUUUGUGGCGCUUUGGGUGAUUCCGAGAAAGAGCAUGUUGCCCAUGCGCUGGACACUGAUGAAGCAACGACUGGAGGAGGCUUGCCCUUCUAAUCUCCCAUCGCUACUUCCCCUUCCUAGCCCUCCAGUGUCACUGUCACAAAGAAUACUGCUCCUCCAAGUCAGCUCAAUCGAUCGCACUGGCCUACUGAAUGAUGUGUCACAAAAGCUUUGGGAACUGGAGUUCACAAUUCAUAAAGUGAAAGUGUCAACUACCCCGGAGGAAAAGUCCAUUAACUUUUUCUUCAUAAGUGAUAGUAGGAACAAGCUGCCUUGGAGGAAACGAGGGGAUGAGGUGGUACAGCAAGUGAAGGAAUUGCUCGGUACCAACUGUUCGUGUUGUGAUAUCCAGCAGGCGAGUCAGGAGCUCCGGGGGCUUGAAAUUCUUCCCCCACCUGCCUGGCUCACUAUGGAUUUGGUCUAUGAUGAACCUCCUACAUUCGAGAAGAGAAGGAGCGAUAGUAUAGGAAUUCAGAACGUCUCGUCGGCCACAAUUGAAGUGAAGGAUGAUACUAUCAAUAGUCCUUUACACACUCUGCUUCAAGUGACGUGCAAGAGGCGCAAGGGCCUGUUGUAUGACACUCUCCGAUGUGUGAAAGAUUUGAAACUUCAGGUGGCACAUAUGCGAAUUGCCUCACUGGAGGACGGCAAUAGCGAGAUUAGCGUCUUCUUCUUAGAUUGUAAAGGUCGAAAGGUUACAGAUCAAGCCAGUAAAGACAAUAUUCUGUACUCCGUUCGAGAAGCAGUUGAAAACCCCCUGCGCAUCAAGAUUAUCACUCGAGGGGUCGACACCGAGUUGUUCGUGUCCACUCCCAUUGAAAAUUGCGGAAGGGGCCGUCCUCGCGUCGUAUACGAUGUGACUCUCGCUCUGAAAUUGUUAGAUGUUGGCAUAUUCCAGGCCGACAUUGGACGGCAUGAGGUGGAUAAUCACAAAUGGGAGGUGUACCGCUUUCUGCUGUCGGAUAGAGAAGAUUUCAAUUUGACUUGCACCAAGAACCGCAACCUGAUCAUCGAGCGGGUGCAAGAUAUGCUUUUGGGGUGAUGAGGUUGGAUCUCCUCUUCACCUUCAUUCAUGGAUGCUGCUGUAUUGGGAACAAUUGGAGGAACAUGGGCAGGAGGCCUUGUCACAUUGGUAAGCUCCUCUAAAGAUAGGGAUGGACAUUUCAAUGUUAUACUCUCACCUGGGUCAUUGGUUACAAGCCAAAACACACUGUUGCUUUCUCGAUGCCGUUGCAACUGCAACAAUAUACCUGCCGAUUAAUUUUUUUUCUGUGAAAUUUGUGAAUAGUAUGUGAGACGGACGUAAUGUAUACUACGACGCGAGCAGUUGCUCAAUUCGUUCGUUCCCUGGGCUUGGCUAGCCCGUUUCUGUAAUUGUGGAAGCCUUUCAGCUUCAUUUGAAGCCCUCGCGUUUCUCGUAC